AUGUCCCCCACGCCGCGCCUCACCGCCAUCGUCGCGGCGACGCUCGACAACGGCAUCGGGCGCGACGGCGGCCUCCCGUGGCGCCUGCCUGGCGAGAUGAAGUAUUUUGCGCGUGUCACGACGGGGGAGGGGAAGGUGCGCAACGCCGUGCUCAUGGGCCGGCGGACGUGGGACGGAAUACCCGCCAAGUUCCGGCCGCUGCGUGGGCGGCAUAACCUCGUUAUCUCGCGCACGCCGGGUGCCGUCGACUUCGCGGGCAUGACGGGUGUGAGCGCGCACGCGAGCUUCGAGGCCGCGAUGGCGGCUGUGCCGGCGGACACCCACCGCGUGUUCCUUAUCGGCGGCGCGACGCUGUACAAUGCCGCGCUGGCGCACGACGUCGACCGCGUCCUCCUUACGCGCGUGCUGGAGCGCCUGCCGUGCGACGUCUUCCUCGCGGACUUUACGACGAUGCCGGGAUGGCGGAGGGCGCCGCACGCCGAGCUCAAGGCGUGGGUUGGAUGGGAUGUGCCCGAGGGCGAGGUGGAAGAGAAGGGGAUCAAGUACCGCUACGAGAUGUGGGUCAAGGACUAGAGAUGUAUCUAUUGCAUUGCAGG